ACAGGUGAUUAUUGUUUCUGAGGCUGUGUGAAUGAAUUAUUGGAUUAUGCCAAUAGUUAUAAAAACAUAUUUUAUUAGCCUUCCCUUAUGUGGAUGUGAUGCUAACACUCACCAGUUGAUGGCAGCACUGGUAAAUAUUUUUUUUCUGGACCAAAUGCAUAGUCACAGCAAUGAUACAGUGGCACAUUAAACAGAGAAAGAGACAAAUACAAACAUAAUAUGAUUGAUAGAAUAUGUCCUUAAACUAUAGUCAUAUAACUUUUAGAAAACCCUAGAUUCUACACAUGCUUCAUAGUCAUGUCGUUUUACAAAAUUUCUCCAACUUAAAAGGUCACACCAGUAUUGCAUUGCCAUAGAUACAUAAAUAAUAGAGAUAAGACGUGGUUAGUCUGGGUUGCCAAACCGUAGCCUAUUCAUCUGUGUGGCCCAAUGAUCCAAACCAUGUGAGCUGCUGCAGUGACCCAGUUCUCCAGCCCACCCACUGCAGCACUCUGCAGGGUCAGCAUUCCAGCUGUGCCCUGGGGAUCUCUGUACAGCAACAGAAGGCAACAUCAUUCACCACGACUUACGGAAACAGCAUAUGCUACUUUCAUUUUCUCCACCACCAAAGGGACUACAAGCUGGAGACAGACAGAUGGGAAGAUUGGCACAAUUUUGGCUCCCAAGCAAUAGCAUAUGCCACAGAAGAGAGGCGGUGAUAGAGGACACGAGAAAGAAAGGGGAUGGAAGAUAGAUGGAGGUCUACAUGUGGAUGAAAUAACACUCAGGCUCACUCUGACAUUCUCACGUAGGGGUUCUAUCAGUGAAAUGAGUGCCUCCUAACCAUCACAAUCACCUGCCAUCGCUCUCACUGAUGCUUUGCAUCUGCUUCUGCUUCGCUGUGUUGGUGGCCCUGCUGCUGUUGAAGACUGACUUGGGGCCACAAAUAGAUUUUAGCACUUAUUAGCUUUAAUGUGUCCUCUCUCAUAAAAAUUGAAAAAGCCUAUCUCCUGGCUCGCCUAAAGGCUUAUACCCCAUCUCGAACAUGUUGGUAUUUAUCUAACCACAUCUAGCUUAGUGGUAUUGAGACUCUCUAUAGGCUGGAUGUAUUUUACUUCAUAUCUUAGUUGAUGAUAUGGAUUAACUUUGCAUAUUGUUAAGGUUCAUCUACAUUGCUAUAAUAGUGUGUAUAGUUGAGGAAAUUAGGCAUGUCUGCACUGAGGGAAAUUAACAAUGAUUGAUGUUUUGAAUUCUUGAACUGUUCUUUAUUUUUUUGUUAAUUAAUCCAUAAGAAAAGUCUAACACACAUCCACAAAGCACAAUGUACUUAUACAGCAACAGUCUCCCAUAAUCACAUCUCACACUCUGUGGAUUUCAAUUAGGAGGAGAGGACAUGCAACCUAAAACAGACAGCACCUAGACAACAGAGCCAGACAAGUUACUGUGCUUCAUAAGUCACUAUGGUCACUAUGGUCACUACAGAUUUAAAACAAUCUAUGCUAUAUCAAAGCUGCAAGUCAUAUAUCCUGUUAUCAGUAAAAAAAAGAAAAAAAAAGCUAAUAAAACAGAAUUGUGAUAUUGUUGUUAUUGAUUAUAGCCAACAUUGUGUACAGAGAUAAUGAUUUCCUUGUAAUACAAAUGAAAGCUAAAUGAUAUGGACUGAACAUUUCUGAAGUGGUUCUACAUUAUUUGAAAUAUUUGAAUGAAAACAUUGUUAUUAUCUAUUCGCAUAUAAUACUUUAAAAUGGUAAAACCUAUUCGAAAUAUGCUAGGCCUACUCUACGUUCACAAUACCAACGUAUUCAGAAGACGCAUGGUCCAGUUGCGUCUGUUGCACUCUGGUGAGGGGACGUCUCUUGUCUGGAAAUUGAGUCAGAACGCAGAACACGUAGAACACUGUCCGUUCCAGCCCUGUUCCAGCAUUAUAACUGGCUGAGAGCAUCGCCCAUCCCAGCAGCAUAAUUUCGUCUGGGCUAAAUAUUUAUAUAGAGGGGAACGACCUUCAUUUACAACACAUUCAUUCACGUGAGAGAACUCUGCGAACUUCUCCAUUGCCAAGUUAACAUUAUUUGAAAACAUUUGGAAAAGAACAAACAAACGUCAAAAGUUUUGCCCAAAGUUUUAUUUUACAAUUAUUUGUUUUAUCACCAUGGGCUUUUUGAUUGCUCUUUUCGGUGUGACAGUUGCUCUGAGUCAAAUGUUUGGAAGAUAUACUGUAAAUGCGGGGAUGUGUUGGCUGCAGCAGAGCCAAGAGCAGCGCUGUGACAUGAUGCUGAUGCGUGGGGUCAGCAGGGAGGAAUGCUGCUCCGGGGGCCGUCUAGACACAGCCUGGUCCAACACUAGUCUGCCUAUCAAUGAGGUCAGCCUGCUGGGCUUCCUGGGAAUUGUGUCCUGCAAACCCUGCAAAGAGACCUGUGAUGGUGUGAACUGCGGCUCAGGGAAGGUGUGUACGUUGAAGGCUGGACGUCCUCAGUGUGUGUGCUCUCCCGACUGCACUAACAUCUCCAAAAAGCAUGCUGUGUGUGGCAGCGAUGGGAACUCCUAUCGGGACGAGUGUGUCCUCCUGAUGGCCCGCUGUAAGGGACACCCUGAUCUGGAGGUCAUGUACCAGGGAGAAUGCAAAAAGUCUUGCUCCAAUGUGGUGUGCCCAGGUACCCACACCUGUGUGACAGAUCAGACUAACAGUGCCCACUGUGUCAUGUGCCGCACAACCCCCUGCCCAAUACCGCUGAAGUCCGAGGUGCCUAUCUGUGGCAACGACAACAUCACCUACCCCAGCGCCUGCCACCUCCGCAGAGCCACCUGCUUCCUGGGGCGCUCCAUAGGAGUGCGUCACUAUGGCAACUGCUCUAGUAAAUCCCCUUCACCAUUCCUGAUCUGUCAACACAUAGCCUAAGUGUUCCAAGAAACACUCUGGCUUUGGAGGCCAGUGAGGAGAAUUCACUCUAAAGGGACAGUUCUUGUGUGGUCCAACUGGUACUUCAGUACACCUGGCACUAGACUUAGCUUAGUCCACCCGGUACGAAGAUUUCCAAGAGAUCACCUUCGAUACGUGAACCAACAUUGUCCCGAUGUUCACUCACCAAGUUCUGAUUUAUGUUGACUACUUUUUUUACAAUCACUUAUCCCCUCCAUCCCUACCCCCUGUACAUAGAACAAUGAUACAUUUAAUGUGGGGGGACCCGUUGGAAGUAGCAGUUUGUUCGUCCAAAAGGAAACCAAUACUGUAUUUGUUGAUGCAUGCAAUGUAUGUUAAAUAGGAUGAUUUGCUCAUGAAACUGUGGAGAAAUAUGUAGGGGGCUUUAAGUAUAGGAAAAUAUGUGUAUAUUGUAAAUAAAUACUGCUACUAUUUAUUGAAGAAGGUAUCAAAUCUGUUCUAUUUAUGUUUUGACCCUGUAUACAAAUCCAUAUAUCAAUAGGUCAGCUGUAUUUAUUGUAUUUGAUUUUAAGGUACAUAUAUUUGGUUUUAAGCUACAUGUAUUUGGUUUUAAGCUACAUGUAUUUGGUUUUAAGGUACAUGUAUUUGGUUUUAAGCUACAUGUAUUUGAAUGGCCACUGGCAUUCUUUUAUUUUGGCAAGUUGUUUAUAUUUUUGUGUAUUUUUCAUAUCCCUAAAUAAAGUGCUUUGUCCCCUUAAAAGCAGCAUGACAAAAAAAACUAAAUUUGUUUGGAUACUGGAUACCACAUUUAGAGGAUGACAAUAUAUAUUUUCAAUUCACUCUAAGCAAAACGGGGUAUAUGCUGUCUGUAUUUCAGUGUUGUUUGGAGGUGAUGAGAGACUUAGCUAAAACAAAAGUGCACAGUAUGUCUCCUCUCACUUGGCUUGCACAGAGUACGAAACUGUUUACGCUGGAGCCCAAUAAAAUGUAUAAGCCUCCCACUGAUCACUCAAAUUAACAGUUUAGUUCAGUGUGCAGCAAUUUUAUUAGACUGUUGGUUCAACUCCAAGCCUUUACAAUACCUCCACUGUUGAAGUCUUGGCUUUGUUUAUUUUGUAUGUUUGUGGGUAAUAUGAGUCCAAUAUAAUUCCAUUCGGGUUGUUGAAUACACCGUAAUAUAGUGUAACUGCAAAAUCUGACAAAUGUUGUUAGCCUUAUCAAAUUGAAAACAUCAUAAUGCCAAAUGACAUUAAUUUACUCAAAGUUAACUCACCGGAUCCCCAGGCUGUGCAGCCGAAUCUAUCUGUUCAACGUUUAAGUACUAGUGUCCAUUUGAACCAAAUGGGCAGAUAGCUAUUUGCAAAUAGCUAUUGGUUAUUGUGAUGUGAAUGAAUAGUGCUGCACACCCAUUUAUUCUAGAUGAUUUAAUAGAUUUUUAAUUAAAACAAAUACUGUUUUUCAACAAUUUACACUAGUUUCUUGUAAAUAGAACUCAAUUUCAUGUACCUGUGUUCCUACUGUGAAAUUUGAAUGACAAAUGUAUCUACUUAUUUUUGUAUUUUUGUACUGCCGUUUUAUCUCAACAUAAACUUUAGUAUUUGUCA